AUGGAUCUCUUCAUACACAUACUUGGAGAUCACAACAGCACAAACACACCCUACAUCUACAAGAUGGAGCCACAACAUCAACUACAACUACAACAACAACAACAACUACUACAUGGAUUACUUCAGACUUUAUUGCGUAACAAGGUUCUUCGAAAGGUAGUACUGCAACAUGUGCAUCAGAUACAUGUUGUAUUGAUGAAGGCCGCCUCGCUACCAUUGACACGCAUCAUGCGUGGAGAUAUGUUUGAGAAGGAGCGGUGUCUAUCUACAAUGUUACGAUAUGGCAGGUCCGACCUGUUCAUCAAGUACUUUGACUUUUAUGUCUUGGCAAGGCCUGGAAAAGACAUCCCUCUCAGUCUUGGACAUCUAAUCCGCAGGGCAAUCAAAGCCAAUCAAAUCAAUGCGGUGGGUAUGCUAUUCAAACUCCAUCGCGACAACUACUACAACAACAACAACGAUGGCAAGUAUGACAACAACGCUGUCUUCAAUGUCGUCUUCAAACAGAUCCAUCGAGUCGUCCAGCGUGAUCAUCUUGAGAUGUUUGAACUCUUGUUGUCCGAGAUGGACAACAAUCACAUGUACAAACCACUGUGUGAGUCGAUCAAAGGCCAGAUAACAAUUGGCUCCUUGUAUGCCCAGUGUCGAUCAUUCAAGAUGCUUCAGACAUUGCACUCACAGCGCUACCGGUUCAACAUCGAUAGUGGCAAGGAGAUUGCCAUUAACAUUCAGUUGGUGAAGACGUUGAAGUGUGACCAGCUGCCCGAUCUCUUCAAGGUGCUCACCACAGGGGGCUCCACCAGUCGCUUCAACUACAGCUUCCUCACUCAUGAUAUCCUCGUUCAGCACCAUAACGACUAUACACUCCUUGACCGCUUCUUCAAUCUUCAUUCUGCAUCCACUUUGGCAAGGUCUCUGGAAACCAAUCUUUUGCUUGCCCCUCGAAGGGGAGGCGACAAUACCAACGAGGAUUUGUAUACAUUCACCCAGUCAAGCGCUGGGCAACUUCCAGUGGUACAGCGCUAUCGACAACAUCUUCCAAUUGACUUUGUGUGCUUGGCCGCUGCGACGUUUGGCGACAUCGGUCUGGCACAAUGGGCCACUUCACGUAAGGAAGCGCCUAUAUUGGGAAUUCAUGUGGCCGAGGCAUUGAGGAGAGGUUUCAUCGACGUAGCCCUUCAUCUCUUGGAUAAUUGCAAGGCGCAUGAGGCUGGUCCCAGGUGUAUAUGGACACUGAAUGGCCCAAUCAACGAAUCCAUCCUCACAAUGGAGCUUCUGCGAACACUAGCAUCAUACAACAACAUCAAGAUAUACACUGGUAUCUUAUUCUCGCCAACCAUCACAAUCGAGAUGAUAGAGUUCAUCUCUGGAUCAAACAACUUUUGCAAUUUCAAUGCUAGGUACCCAAACUUGUUGAAAGUUCCAGAGAUCAUGAUGGUCAAGGACAUCACUGUUUUCAAGCAGCUGAUUCAACGAUGUAUCAACGACCCUACUCUUUUUAAAUUCGAGGAGUUGGUAGCAAAUGCUGUCGUUCGAGCCCGUCACGACGUCCUGGCAAUGAUAUCAGAGUUUGGGAACUUGAUCAGAAUUGAUCUCGGAGUCCUGAAUAUGCUCGAGACGAAGGAGCAAGUGCUCUAUGUGCUUAGUUCUGGACUUUUGGCACAGCCAACCGCAACAACAUCCUCACUUUCCAUCGAGAACAUCGUUCGAAAGUUCAAUGAUGUAUCUUUAGUCCGCGAUAUUCAGCGUGAGUUUGGUCCGGUUGUCACAUUCUCAGUGGUUGCAUUGGAUGAGGCAGUGCGACGGGGCAAUCUGGAGCUCGUUCGCUUCCUUAACGAGAACCUAAGGGAGGGGCAUAGUUGCAGCAGCUUGGCACUGGAGAACGCGGCCAUCAAUGGACACUUGGAAGUGUUGAGAGAGGACACAUAG